UUUUAAAGCUACCAAAGCUAGCUUUAUAUUAACUUUUACGUAAAGCUUAACUAAACAACACGAUUCCUUUCAGUCUUUGUUAAGAUUCUACCGCGCACAGUGUUUUGUGGUGUAUUUUUCUACAAAUAAAUAAUUGAACAAAUCAAUUUUAUAUAAUUUGAACACGCUGGUCACAGAUGCAAAUAUGCGCACAUAGUCACAUUAUGUCGGAUUUAAAUAUCACCAAUGCAGCCUCUACCAAUGUCUUAGAUCCGGGAAAAGUUUUGGAAACUGCUGAGAAAUCAAUAAGAAAAGGACAUGAACAUUCAUUCGAUAGGGAAAGUGCCGUCAGUUGUUCUUGGGAUGAUGACGACAACGAUGCUAUCAAAGGCUGUGAGCAGGAAAACUCCGAAACGACCAAUAAAAGAUUAACUUUAUUAUUGGACAAUCAAUUAGAAAAAAUGCACAUUGACUCUACAGAUUUAAUUCGACCUUUUUCCACAAGGAAUACCGAAAUUCCUAAAAGUUCUGGAGUUACGCAACUAAAUAUGCAACAUUUUAAAGCUCAGAACUGUCAAAAAAUUAACGCCGAAAAAACUGAAUGUAACAAUGUUGAAAAGCAUGAUUGUGAUACUUAUAAAAAUUAUGAUUUGAAGGGAAGUGGUGCUUCUCAGUUAGUAACAGUUCAACGCGGAAAGCCUUUACUUCCCCCCAAUUCGGUUAGUCCAAUUUCCGGAAAUGAGUUAUCAUAUAUACUUCCUAGCGGUACACAAAGCACGAUUGCGAUUCCUUCUAAAUCAAGUGAAACGUGCUGCUCAAAACAAAAUCUUCCAUCACUUUUGAAAUCACAAUCACUUGACUUAUACAAUAUUGAUCAACACUUGCAUAACCAUCAUUUUCCUAAUAUCACAGAACAUCGGUCUAUCGAGAGCCAAUUUCAACUGAUAGCCGCAAACACCGACAUAAUGAAACAUUGUCAAGGUGAGAACAUUGGCAAGUAUGCUGGAGAAAUACGUCAACGUCCAGCACAGCGACCAAAUAUUGCAUCAACAUUAUUUCAAUCUGCAGAAUCCCGACCAAUUUAUCCAAACGUUCCAUACAGUCCAUAUGCCAGUCCGUACGGUAGUCCUCGGUCAGUUCGACGCAGGCCUCCUUUACGCGAAUCACGUAGAAUAUCCAUUGAGAAAUCGGGAAGUUUUCUUCAGCUUAAUCAAUAUAAACUGAUGGAUCAAAUAGGCCAGGGUUCAUAUGGACUUGUAAAGUUGGCUUAUUCUGAGGAAGAUUCGACUCAUUAUGCUAUGAAGAUUCUCUCUAAAAAGCGUUUACUACGACAGGCUGCGUUCAUGCGCCGUGGCCCAAAACAGACAACAUCCCCGCUAGAUCGGGUUUAUAGAGAAAUAGCAGUUUUAAAAAAACUUGACCACCCUAACGUUGUAAAAUUAGUAGAAGUUCUAGACGAUCCAAUGGAAGAUUCUUUAUAUAUGGUUUUCGAGUUAGUUAAAAAAGGAGAAGUUCUUUCAAUACCUACUGAAAAGCCAUUAUCAGAGGAGCGGGCGUGGAGUGUGUUUCGAGACUGUUUACUAGGAUUAGAAUAUUUGCAUUAUCAAAAAAUUAUUCAUGCGGACCUAAAACCCGGAAAUUUACUACUGACAGAAUGCGGGCAUGUCAAAAUUGCAGAUUUAGGAGUAUGCAAUGAGUUUCUUGGAGAGGAUUCUAUAAUGAGUAAUGGCUCAACAGGCGGUACACCAGCUUUUCGUGCACCCGAAACUCUCGCUUUGGGCAAGAAUGUGUACUGUGGUCGUGCAGCGGAUAUUUGGGCUUUGGGAGCAACGUUAUAUUCUUUGAUUUUUGGAAAUGUGCCAUUUAUAGCGAACUCCAUACCCAUGUUGUAUGAUAAAAUAAGAAAUGACGAAGUGGCUUUUCCAGGAACCCCAGAAAUAAGCAGUGAUUUGAGAAACUGCAUUGCUCGAAUGCUUGAAAAAGAUCCAGCAAAUAGAAUAACUUUGCCACAAUUGAAGAUAAGCUCAUGGGUCACCAGUAAUGGGUUUUAUUCUUUACCAACUGAAGACGAGAACUGUUGUUUGGUACAAGUAGACGACGAAGAUAUAAAUUCAGUUGUCCGCAGUAUUCCAAAGCUGGAUACUCUUAUAUUAAUCAAAACAAUGCUAAAAAAUCAUUCCUUUGGAAAUCCCUUCAUGAGGGAUAUUUCCGGUAGAGCUCCUCAACCGGGCGGUUCCAGAUUCGACAAAUUUAUUCAAGCUGGUAGAUCAAAUUCAGCACCAGGCUCAUAUUUCGUGGCAUUGGACAGAGAGCCAUCAAUGGACGGUGUACUUCCAGCGUUGACUGAACAUUGCUCUAUCCAGAAAAAUAAUGAAUUUUAAAUAAUUGAACAAAUAUAUAUCAUCUAAUGAUAUAGAUAAGAACAGGGACCGAAAAUAACCAAUUAUUAUAUACACAUUUUUAGCUAAGAAAUAUUAAUAUUAGGGAAAUUUUAUUAAAAAUACCUAAGUCGGCAUUUCGCGAAAUUCCAUCCACAUGUGUAAAAUAAUCGCGGAAAACGGUUGUAUUAAACUUUUUUGCUUACCAUCCUGUCUGGGUUCAGAGUAUCUCCUGGAUGGGAACUCUAGACUAGAGGAAUUUUACAUAUUUUUCAUGUUUAUAACAAUGUUCUGAUUGUAUAAUUUAAAGACUCUGGGUUUUAGCAAUUGUGUCGUAGUGCAAAUCAACUAUAGAGAUAAUCGAUAUAUAAGUUUCAAUCGUAAAUCAGAAUUAUAUACAUUCAUUCAACAGCCGAGUUAACAUAGUUAUGUCCGCUUUUCCCCCUGCCUGUUUCUAUGCAAACUAAUUUUUCAGAAUUAUCGUUAUUAAACAUUUCAUAGGUCCGUCAUUCUGUUGCAGGUAGUACAUUGUCGGAACCGGGUGGAUCGAACUAUACAAUUUAGCUCUAUACGCAGAGUCGGCUAGAAAAAAUGUUAUGUUUUUUCAAUAUAUCUAAACAAAGCUUUGUAAUUAUGAGCUUUUCAAUGCUUCUCACAUAUUUGGCAACCCAAAAGCCUUUAUUCUACAAGGGUAGUUAAUAAUCCGAACGCCGAAAAUAAUUUUUUUCUUGUUCUUUAUAUAAUUGCAUUUAAUUGAAGCCUAUUUUGAGCAUUCGAUCGGCGGUCUGUCGUUUUGCUUUUUGAAGCCGUCGAGCCUUUUAUAUGAUUUUCUUUGAAGUAGAAAUAGACAAAGGGAGUAUUUCAAUGGAUACUCCAACAUCCUACCGGCCUUUCAAUCAUUUUUAAAAAUAUUUGUGAAAACUAAUUUACGGAGUUUUUACAUUUUUCGAAAAGUCCAUUCCAAUUGGAUGGAAAACGCGGCUCAAAUGUUGAAUGGACAAUAUUUCGGGUGUAAGCUCAUUUGCUAAGAUAUUUGUGAAAAUUUAUUUGAAACGUGUUUCAAACUCUUUAGAAAAUUCAGCCCUCCUGGGUGGAAACUAUGAGUCAAAGGUUGUAUGUGAGAACAUAUUUUUUAAAAACUCAUACUGCUAGUGUGGAAUAUUGGGGGAAAACAAUUAUAAGCAACUUUUUUGUUUACCAUACGAUCGGCAUUUGAUUCAUUUUCAAAAAUAUUUUAUGCAAUUUUAUUUGAUAUGUAUCCCUCUUGGAUGGAAAAUUCAGGUCAAAGUUGUAUGAAAGAAAACUUGUGUUUCGGCUUCAAGCUUCACACUAUAAUCUUAUGUGCUUCAAACUGAUUAUUUAACUUAAAACAAAUGGGUUAAAUAAUAACAUAAUCAAGGUAAAUUAAAAGAAUCUUAAGUAAAACAAAAUUAUUUUUUUCCGUAAGUACUCACCUUGAAGGGAUUAUCGCCAAGGGCGUUCAGUCAUUAUAAUAGUUAUUUAAUGCUUUAUAAAUCAAGAACUAUGGUUAAAGCUUUAAAUUUUGUAUUUAUGCUUUUAAGGAUUACGUAAUAAAUGCUUGCAACAUUA